AGAGCGAGAGAAACAGAAACGUGAGCAGUGAUGUUUCUGACUCAGUCUUCAGUGAGAGAGGAUCAUGCAGCGUAUACAUUUCCUUUCCCGUCAGCUCCACUUUCAUCAUCAUCAUCAUCAUCAUCAUCAUCUAUUUCCUAUAAAUCCAACCAAGCCAAGCUGAGGAAUAAUGUCAGCAAACAACUCCACGUUGAGCACAAAGGUGAGUGACUACACCUGUGUGCGCUUUUACGUGUCCACCGUGUCCUUGUCGGUGCUGCUCUUCUUCAACCUCAUCAUCAACUGGACAAUCGUUCGCGAGGAGCGGCUCCGGUGUCACGCCCGCUUCGUGCUGGUCGUCCACCUGCUGGUGUCGGCCCUGGUCUACCUGGGCAUGAGCAGCGUCUUCUACUACCAGAUCCACCUGGGCGCGCGGCCGGGCCGCACCGCCUGCCUGGUCAUGGUCACUAUUCUGAUCAGCAGCGCCUCCAACAUCCUCCUGACGCUCACGGUGAUGGCGUUGGACCGUUACUGCGCCGUGUGCCACCCGAUGCGCUACACCGCCAGCUGCGCCGCGGGGCACUGGCCCUGGCUGCUUGGCGCGCUCACCUGGCUGGUGGCUUUGGUCAUCCCCCUCAGUCUGCUCCUCAAGCCGGACUCCCAAGCCAUCGGAGCCGACUAUCACGGGGAGUGCGGCCCGGAGCAGCAGAGGAAAGGCGGGCUGCAGAAGGUGAUGUUCAUUGGUAUUUGCACGGUGCUGAUACUUUACAGCUACGUGAGGAUACUAGUGGAGGGGCGGCGGUUAGGGGUGCUCAAUCGGCGCAACCGGGCCGGGUGCAGGACGAUAGCCCUGCACGGCACCCAGCUGGCCGUGUACAUCCUCCCCAACUUUGUGAACUUCGUGCUCACGGUGCUUUACAAUCGGAAGUUCAUUCAGGCAGAGACCAAAGAGCUGUCCGCCGUGGUUGUCUUCGCCUUCUUCAGCUUGGCGCAGUGCGUUGCACCAGUAGUUUACGGGUUGCGUAAAGAGGAACUUCUGGAGCAGUUGAGUCACAGGUUCCCCUGCUGUUCCCGAUACUUGAAGAGUGUCGUCGGUUGGACUGUGCGAGCCAGCUGGAAACACCCUUUCCACAGAACACGGGAGCGAACACUGACAGCCCAGACAAUCAUCUCCCUAGAGGUUCCGCAAGUCCCAGCGGUGGAAGGGGAAACUAGGUCACUGUCAGUCCGGAGUUCCUCACACAACUCACAUUCGUGUCAAAGUGAUACGAACUAUGUCUGAUGGGGAAAAAAAGCCGGUCAGUGUCGGCAUCCCGACCGGCACAGGAACAUGUGGAUAAGUGGCUGGUUUUCUCAGCUCGGGCCUGAAAGGAGCUAAAAGGAGUCUCCCUGGGCUUACAAUGCCAGUCGGUUAGGAGAAGAUUUAGACCAGGAUGUGCAGCAACACGGGGACAUCAGCGUGUUUAUGCUUUGCUCUCUUUUUGACCAUUUUGUCUCGUGAGCACACUUCCAGAUUCACAGUGGAGCUGCUCCGUGCCCAGCAGCAGAAAACUGCGGUUUCAGAAGAAGGCGGCAGUUCUCUUAUCCAGCUGGUCCAGGGAUUUAAACCAUAAAGACUUCAGGUCGGAGCCCAACUUCUCAGACCUCUGGGCUACAAACAGCCCUGCACCAUUUGGGAUUGAAAAUGGGAUUAAAAAUGACUGGGAUGGAGGACACAGUUUCACAUAUUGUCUGGUGAAUGUUGUUUCUGUGUGUUCUUAACCUUGUGGAUAUUAAAAAUUGUAAGUUCUUGAUCCACUUGAAUAUUUCCAGCGCCCAGAAAUCUGCUUAUAUGGCAGUAAAUACUUUGCUUUAAAUAUUAAUACAAAGAAAAAUUGAAUUUUCUCAUGUAAGUUCAUGCUCGGGGCAAAUAAGUACUUCC